AUGGCUGUUCGUUUCGCCGGUGCUCUGAAGGAGCUUAGAAUUCACUUAUGUCAAACUAACCAACAAUCCGCUGGUGUUAGAGACUUCAUCCAAAAAUACUAUGUGGGUUUAAAGAAAGAAAAUCCUAAGUUCCCUAUACUGAUCCGCGAAUGUAGUGGUGUUCAACCUCGCGUCUGGGCUCGCUAUGACCGAGGUUCUGAAAAGAGUGCAUCUUUGACAAACCUAUCUUCAAAUGAUGUACUAUCCACCAUUAAGCAACUAGUGAAGUGA